UGCUGCAGCUGCAGAAAUACAGCGAAGAGACGCAGAGAACAGACGAGCAUCCAUACAAUAAUACAGAAGAAAACAUUUGAGAUAUUUAGUUUUUAUAAUUCCAGAAGUUAUUUCUCAAGCUGUAGUUUCAUUCUGGGCCGUCUAAUGGAUCUACUGCAGUUUUAUCAUCCGGAAUCGUUUUCCUUCUCUUCUGAACAGAACAACAUCCUUGACACGAUGUCAAUCAACACUCACCGCCCUGCCUACAUCAAGGCAGAACCAUCAAGCCCCGGCUCCCUGUCGGACAGUCUGACCCAGCACAGUCCUGGGGCAUCGUCGGACACAGGGAGCAGCUACAGUUCAGUUAUUAAAAUGAACCAAACAGGUAUGGACUCUCCCGCUCCAUACCCUACGGCCGGGGCAAUGUUGAGGCCUUCUGGCGACCCCCGCAGGCUGCUGGAGAAAUCGCAAAUGAAGUGUGAAUACAGUUUGAACUCAGGUCCCAAACGCCUGUGUCUAGUGUGUGGAGACGUUGCAUCCGGAUUCCACUAUGGAGUGGCUUCCUGCGAGGCCUGCAAAGCAUUCUUCAAACGCACCAUUCAAGGGAAUAUAGAGUACAGUUGUUCGGUCAACAGGGAUUGUGAGAUCACUAAGAAAAGGAGGAAGUCCUGUCAGGCGUGUCGCUUCACCAAGUGUCUCUCUGUGGGAAUGCUGCGUGAAGGUGUGCGUUCGGACAGGGUGCGAGGAGGACGGCAGAAAUAUAAAAGGAGAAUGGACUCAGAUUCCAGCAUUUACCUCAGUGAACAACUACCUCACCGAAAACUAUCAUCCUGCAGCGGUCAAGAAGAGAAUAAAGUGGUGACUCUCUUGUUGGGGGCGGAGCCAGAGAGGGUGUGUGCCAUGCCUGAUCCCGCCCUCCCUGACAGUGACAUCAAAGUUUUGACGACACUGUGUGACCUUGCUGACCGAGAGUUAGUGCUGAACAUCAGCUGGGCCAAACAUAUACCAGGUUUCUCAAGCCUCGGACUGUCUGACCAGAUGAGUCUACUGCAGAGUGCAUGGAUGGAGAUCCUCAUCCUACGUGUGGCUUUCCGUUCGCUGGCCUACGAGGAUAGGCUGGUCUUUGCGGAGGAUUACAUUAUGGAUGCUGAACAGGCCAAAUCAGCAGGUCUACUGGAGCUUCACAUGGCCAUAUUACAGCUGGUUCGCAGGUACAGAUCCAUGAGACUGGAAACAGAAGAGUUUGUCACACUGAAAGCCAUCGCUCUUGCCAACUCAGACUCUAUGCAUUUAGCGGACAUGGAAGCAGUUCAGGGUCUCCAGGACACCCUCCAUGAGGCCCUUCUGGAUUACGAGUGUGCCCGGCACAGGGAAGACCCUUGUCGUGCAGGAAAACUCAUUAUGACCCUUCCGCUCCUCCGUCAGACCUCUGCCAUAGCCGUGCGGCACUUCUGCAGCAUCAAACAGGACGGACGGGUCCCCAUGCACAAACUCUUCCUGGAACUUCUGGAGGCCAAUGUCUGAUACUUAUUCUGAUUGGAGCAUCAUGCUGAGGUGACUCCGGCCCAACACACAACUGACUGAGGAUUGUUUGCAAAUCCAGGAGCAAUGAUAAGCACUGUCAUAACAUGUGACAAUUGAUACAAGAAAUUCUCCUACUAAUACAUAAUAUAUAACAAAAUAUUAUCAAAUAUAUGACUAAGUGCUGAAAGUGAAUGUGUCAUCGAUGGAGAAACUACAUUUAAAACUUAAAGACAUUCUUUAAUUUGUUCAUUUUUGUUUAUCUUGUUAUCAACAAAGUAAUUCAAGACAAAAAGCUUAAAAUAUGCUGAAAAAAAGGUUAUGGAGACAUCAGCUUUGCCAAAUAAAAUAACAGAUCUCCUGAAAAACAAAAAACAAAAAAAAAACAUGAAGGAAAAGACAGCAUGUUACACACGUUUGUUUAGCAUGUUUUAAAGGUUUGAAAAGUUUGAAGGUCUUAACAGCAAUAUAAUUUAUAGAUUAAUGGUAUUCUUAAAAGUGUGGAAACAUAUCAAGUAGGCCAACUAAAGCACCCCUAAUUUAAAUAAAAAAGUUGUAGAAGGAUGUUGCACACACAGAAAGCUCACAUAGUCAAAUAUGACAUAUGUAAAUGAAUAAUUCCAUCAUAAAGACAUAAAUAAUGGAGAUUCCACAAUUUUCUGAUCUAAUGCUCCAGACUGUGCGGUUCGGAGUCACUUUAUAUCAGGUGUCUUUAACUACUGUGUACUUAAGCAUUUGAUACAGUGUACUUAUUAUGUACAUACGUGUUGUUGCAUUGUUCUUACAUUUAGAGGACCUGUAUAUAAUUACAUCUGUAGUUACACUGUUAACCUUACCCCAGUUCUAAACCUACCCGUACCUCAUCCUCAGUAGCAGUAAAUGUGAAUCUUGUGAGAAAUUUGCAGAACAACAUGUAGUUACACAAUAAAUACAUUGUAUUGUAUGUAUUUUAAUGUUAGUACAUAGUAGUUAAAGACACCUAAUAUAAAGUGGGACCUAAAGUUCUUGCUCAGUCAACGACAGAUAACAAAGAUCAUACUAAUUAUCUGUUUUCAGCAGUAUACAAAGAUCUUUUAAAGCAAUAAAAUAAUGUUUAAAAGCACUUUUAGUGUACUGAAACACACUGAAUAAAUUUGUCUUCAAAUUAGAUCCACAGUGACCUUAACUCAAUAAAACAGUUUCAUACUGGACUUAUCCGAGACAUUUCAUACAUGAUAUAUGCGUAUGCCAUGUGCUAAUUUCACACUGAUUGUUGCCUGUUAGGUAUUGUGUUUGUCAGAUAUGAAUAAGUUUACCAUAAAGAAGAAAACGCUACACAGGAAGUGCAUUUACAUGAGAUACAGAGGAAUAUCUGGUUGACUGAUCUUUUCUGCAAUGUUUGUUAUUCAAAUCUGCACUGGUUUAAUAGUGAACUGAUAGUGUUCAUUCUGUCUUUUAGAGGAAUUCUGGGUUUAUAAUUAGAAUAUCUAUGACAGUCUGUGGUUUUGUGUGUGAUUUCAGCUUGUAAAAUGUUUGUGAAUGUUGUAUUAAUCUAUCAUAACCAAUGAUGUCAGUUUGUUUUGGCAAUAUCUUUGUUUGAUUAUGAGUAAUAUGCAAUAACUUUUUUUUUUUCAAAUAAAUUAUAAAAAUAAUAUAAGCCAUUCUAGAGUAAUGCAUUAAAUAAUGAAACACUCAGGAUUUUAUUAUUAUUGCUCAUGCUUAUUUAAUAUGAAUAUGUUUUCUGAUCUCAAUAAUGCAUGCCACACAUAGCACUCCAAUCUCAUGUUGGAGUUAUGUAAAAGCUAAAAUAGAAGCAUCAGUCAAUAUACAUGACGCAAUAUGUCAGAAGAGAGGAGUGUGCUACUCUACAUAUCGUUAAUGUAUGGAGGGGCUGAGGGUUAAUGCAGCACUCUGACAGCAGUAAAUUACAGGUGUGUGGUUUAUGUAUGCUUCUUCCUCAAGACUCCAUUAGCAAUUAACCAGCCUGGUUAAACGAGGCUCUUAAACAUCAUGAGGAAUCAGAUGCUUGUAAAUAUAUGAAGGACAAACACUAAACAGAUCACAGACUGAUUCCACAAUUCAUUUUACUUGAUUUGUGCCACCCUGCUAAAAAAUAAUAAUUAAACCACAAUAAACUGGUUUGCUGGUCUUAGCAGGUUUAAGAUGGUCUAGCUGGUCUCCCAUCCUGACCAGCUGACAAAUGCCCAAAAACCCUUCCAAAACCAGCAAACCAGACCAGCCUGACCAGGCUUGGAGAUCAGCUGACACCAUCAGACCAGCUUAGGCUGGUUUAAGAUAUUAUUUUCAGCAGGGCUGUGGGUCAUCAGUCAUGAUGUUCAAAAAGCUCCAAAGAACCAUAUAGUCAAAUCAAGAACCCUUGACAGCCAAAAGCGUUUUUGAUAAGAAAAUGGUUAUUUGCUGAAUUUAAGAACCUUCAUUUUAACCUUAAAGUGUAAUCUGUAUCAAAAUGUGUUUUUUCACCUUUGAUUUGUUCAGUGGAUGGCUAGUUGUUUUAAUAGUUGUAAACCGAAUCAAAUGGUAAUAAUGUUCUCGAAAUUAAGAUGAUUCUGACUGCAGAGCAGCAAUAUUCUUCAGUGACACUCUGAGAGUUAAUCACAAAAUCACAGCAGCACAAAACAAAUACUGGUCAGAUUGAUGUUCACAAAGAAGAUUAUUCUGCUUUAUUUCAUGUUCAAACAGUAAAAUGCCUAAUUAAAGUAUUUAUUUGUGGAUUAUGGAAUGAUUGUUGUCUUUUCAA